CGACUAAAGGACGAAGAGCAGUAGCAGCAGUAGAGACGAAGAGACGUGCGUGUGUACAGGUCGUAGACCGGCCGUGUCUGUCUGUCUCUGUCUCUCUCUCUCUCUCUCUCUCUUUCUCUCUCUUUCUAUACCUUUUUGUCUUUGUCAGUCUCUCUCUCUCUCUCUCCUUUCUCCUUCUCUCUCUUCUUACUACUAUAGUGCAGUGAGCAGUCGCGAGAGUCGAGCCAGGAAAGAUGGCUGCUGGCUGUUGUGGAACGAAGAAGCAAAAGCUGAAUAACUCGACCAGCAUUCCGUGCAAUGGCUCGGCCGUAUUGCAAAACGGCACCCAGAUACGCUAUUCCACGAUAGUCCAACCGGAAAUGGGUUUCUUUUGCUUCGACGUACUUUACUGCCAACUACAUCAACUUGACCCUCCAAAAACGCCCAACUUCAGCAACGAUGCAUUCCCAUUAUUCGUAACUUGGUCUAUUGGAAAAGACAUGAGAUUAAGAGGCUGCAUCGGUACAUUUAAUGCUAUGCAUUUACAUGCCGGAUUAAGAGAAUACGCUACUACUAGCGCAUUUAAAGAUUCUCGAUUCAAUCCGAUAACAAGAGAGGAAUUGCCACGCUUGCAUGUAAGCGUAUCUAUCCUUAGAAACUUUGAAGACGGGGUGGACUAUUUAGAUUGGGAAGUUGGAGUUCAUGGAAUUCGUAUAGAAUUUCAUAAUGAAAAGGGUAAUAAGCGGACGGCUACUUACUUGCCUGAUGUAGCACCGGAACAAGGAUGGGACCAGAUACAGACAAUAGACUCCCUGCUGCAUAAAGGUGGUUAUAAAGGAUUGGUAACUCCAGACAUUAGACGUAGUGUGAAGUUAACUCGUUACCAGAGUGAGAAGGUCACCGUAAGCUAUCAAGAUUAUAUGACACAUUGGCACUGCCGAAGGUGCUAGCAGCUGGCCUGGGGUCCUCCACAAGGGCCCCUACCUUCUCAAACUUCUGUCGCAGUUCGUUAUAACAAUACAGAAACAACAUCCCAUUUUCAAUACAAUAAUAGCAAUCAAUACAAUCCGUUUGUGGCCAGUCAGCAGCAUACAUUAGUGAUGGUACAACCUAAUCAUCCAUCGUUCAUACAUCCACUUCCUAUGCCUCCUGUUUCUCCCGUUGUGGUACCUGUUCAAGAUUAUCCAUCUUUUUGGUGGGAUCGUGCAGGACCUUCCUUUCCUCCUCCACAUUCACAUCCUCGUACGCACCGAUAUACAACACA